UACUGGGCGCCAUUUUGAAAAAUAAAGAAGUGAAAACAUUCCAUAUUAAUCUUUUGUAUUGUUAUUAUUGUUUUUUUGUUAACUUUAUAUUUAAGGGACAAGAAACGGAAAAUGGAGCCAACGGUGAGCUGGUCUCCCGAACAGACCGAGGCGCUCCUCUCCCUGUGGUCGGAGGAAAAAAUUCAACAUCAAGCUGCUGUGGCAAAUAUUUCGAAUUCCUUCACCGGGAGUCUCCAAGGAUCUAAAAAGAAGGAAAAUACACGAGAUGCUGUUUUCUACCCCAUCAAAAUGGAGGACUCUAAUGCUUCGUGUUCAAGCAACGGGGCGGCUGAGUCUUCCUGGCAGACCUCAACCCUUUGGCAACCCAGCACCGUAGAAAGGAGAAGAGAUAAGCCCACAUGUAGUUGGUCAAAAAAGGAGGUCCUAACGCUGCUGACACAUUGGGCCAAUCCAGCCGUUCAGCAGGAGCUCAGUCGCAACGUGAGAAACAACGCCGUCUACAGCAGCCUCAGCGCCAGGCUGGCAGCGUUGGGGUACAACAAAACGGCCCAGAAGUGCAAAGAGAAACUGAAGAAGCUGAAGCAGGAUUACAAGAGAAUAAAGAACAGCAAUCAUUUGGACGGCGGGAAGAACAUCUGGUUUGACAUUAUUGAUCAGGUCCUCGGCGCGCCGCGUACCGCAGCCAGGGAUCAUCCAGAAACAUCCGAGCUGUCCUCCGAAGAGCUCGCUUUGCCCGCUGUGUUUGAGGAGAACAGUAAAGGUAAUUCACCUUCAACAAAUGAUUUUGAAACCUUCCCUGAGCCUUCACCCUCCGACAUAAAGAAGGAAACAGAUAUCUUCGUCGUCAGAAUUGAGGAUGAUGACACUCCAUCGACAAGCACAGCGGGUUCCUCCUCUGCUCAGCAGAUGUCUGACAUGUUUGCAAUCAGCCGCGUUGGAAAAAGAAAAUAUGUCCACACAUGUAGCUGGUCUAAAAAGGAGGUCCAAGCACUAUUGGCAUAUUGGGCCAAUCCGGCCGUCCAGGAGGAGCUCCGUCGCAACGUGAGGAACAACGCCGUCUACAACAGCCUCAGCUCCAAACUGGCUUCGCUGGGAUUCAACAAGUCCGCACAGAAAUGCAAGGAGAAAAUCAAGAAGCUAAAGCAGGACUACAGGAGGGUCAAAAACAGUCAACAUGUUGGCUGGGCUAGGACUGCCUGGUUCGGGAUUCUGGAUGAAGUCCUUGGUUCUCAGGGCGCCACAUCGAAACAUUCAGAAACUCCAAAGUCUUCAUCAGGAGAGCCAAAUGAGACGGACAUGGAGCCUGAGGAUGCAUGUAAGUGGUCGCCUGAUGAGGUCCAGGUGCUCAUCACCCUCUGGGCACAGCCAAACAUUCAGAAGCAGCUUCUCACCUCGGAAGAAAACGAUGAAGUCUUCACGUACCUCAGCGACGAACUGGCUCAGGUUGGCUUCAGCAAGUCGCCCCAGCAGUGCAGUCUGAAAGUGGACAAACUCAAGCAGGAGUACACAAAACUCAAACAAAGGGGGGUAAAUGUGAGUGAUAAAAGUGACUGGUUUGCCAUCAUGGAUAGUGUUCUCUUCCCUGAAGGAGAAGCGUCCACAGAGCGUAAUUUAUCCGCUGUGCUGACGGCCUCCAACCCCCAUGAAGAUUUUUCACACACCGUUUGGGCGACAGAGGAAGUUGACGCGCUUCUCACCAAAUGGGCUGAGGAGCAUGUCCAGGAGCAGCUAAAAUCCACCCAGGAUGACGAGAGGGUGUACGCUCAGCUGAGCUCAGAGCUGGCCACGCAGGGCUUCGAUAAGACCACCAGCCAGUGCAGGACAAAGCUCCGACUGCUCAAACAAGAGUAUGGAAGGAUAAAGGAGCAGAAAGACUCCAAAGCGCAAAAGAGUAAAUGGUUUGCCAUCAUGGAGAAGAUUUUUGGCUGCCCUAAGCCAGAAAUGCAGUCAAAUCCUGCAGCUCUGGAAACAUCACAAAAUAAAAGAGCUGAAAGACUGGAGGGCUGUGGCUUAUCCAUCCCCUCUCUGUGCCUCCUGGUUCCCACCCUACGCCUGAUGUGUGCCUUUGCCUGGAAGGUGAUCCAGAGCGGUAAUGUGGCACAUUACCGGAAAGUGGAGGAGCUGGUGUUGCUGGUGACGGAGCUGGCUCCAGAGCUGCUUACGGCGAGGGAGAGAGUGCAGCUCCUGCUCAGACUGAGGGCGCGGUUUGUGCUUGAGUUGUGUCAAAAUAAGAGCACAGCUAACCUGCUAAACAUCCAACCCCACCUGAAAAUUAUUAAAGAUCUCAAGAUGAGCGCUGACUGCAACCAAGAGGAGCUGAAUGAGUUGGAGAGUUCAAAGUCAAAUUUCGUAGAGGUUGUUUAUGCCUUGGUUGAGAACGCAAAGGAAAGAAAGAGGUUUUUCACGGACGUCUUUCCGAUCCACUACGGACAAGAGUAUGAAGCUACCCUGCAAAGACUGGUUUGGAAAUUCAUUUCCAGAUUGGACAAUCUAUUGCCCAUUCCUGAUAUAAAACAGACUGCAGAGUGGCUCAGCAGCGCCCCCUCUGUCAUGGAAGAAUGUGGGAAGCUAGUUUUGGAUCCAGAACAGCUGAAGACGCUGCUAAACUUCCAGGAGCAACAAACAGGAAAUCCAAACAAAAGCUUGCCGCAGGCUCAGAAAAUGUUUUUGCCUUCGCUCUCUCUCCGUCUGAAACCGAACUUGAAGCAGCCUUCAGCAGUCCAACACAAAGGUUCAGCUGCUGUUCCUGCCCCUGCUGCUGACGACGAUGUUGAUUAUGAUGAUGAUGAUGAGGAAGAAAGCCAAACAUAUGACCAUUCACGUCUACAGAACCUGAAAGAUAAACAGACUGAUGGUCUGGUAGCUGCCAAAUGUUCAAGUGUCGUCUCUGCACCUUUAAAACUGCACCGCUGCUCCAUGUGUUCCUUUACCGACACCAACGUUUCUGCACUUCUCAGUCACAUCAGACAGGAGCAUCUGAGUCCGUUUGAAGAUGCUUUUGAAGAGAACCUCUUUCAAAACACCAGCAUUGGGCUCAAUUGUGAGUUUCCCAGCGAGCUCCUAUCAAAUGUAGCAGCCUCAAACAGCCAAGGUCCUCCAUAUCAGUGUGACAAGUGUGAUAAAAGGUACCUCUCCAAAUCGUCCCUGAUCGUUCACUAUCGGAUCCACACGGGCGAGACUCCGUACCUUUGCUCCCACUGUGGUCAGGGGUUCAGGUCCUCGGCCUACCUCGACUUGCACAUGCGCGUCCACACCGGAGAGCGACGCUACAAGUGUCAUAUCUGCGGAAAGACGUCUAACCAGCACCUGACGAGGCACAUGCGCAUGCAUAGAGGGGAGAAGAACUACCUGUGCACCGAGUGCGGAAAGGCGUUCCUGUCCAACGGAGAGCUGAAGCUUCACAUGCGGUACCACACGGGGGAAAGGCCGUACAUUUGCAAACACUGCGGGAAAGGCUUCAUCGCCAAAUGCCUGCUGACGGUGCACACUCGUCGACACACCGGAGAGAAUCCCUACAGGUGUCCCAUGUGUCCGAAAUCCUUUCCCACACUGAGAGCACAAAAAAAGCACCUGAAGAUUCACUCCAACAAGAAGUCCUUACAGUGUUUGGAAUGUGGUCGGAUCUUCAGGCUGGAGGACACUUUUAAACUUCACGUUAAAACACAUGAACUGUUAUAGACUCAUUUUAGUAGGAUUCUGGAAUUUCAACAUUCAGAUUAGAUGUUUGCCAAAUAUUUAAGGUUUUAAAACUUCACAGCCUCGGGUGUCUCUUGAAAUAUUAUGUCUUUAAAGAAAGGAAAG